GAUUGGUUUAGCUUUCAAUCAGAAUGAGUGGAAAUGUUAAGAGCAAAAUGUCUUUGAAACAUGAUUGUGAAGGGUAUGAUAGGACAGCAAUUGCUGUCCCACCUGCUUUUCUAUUUUGUCUUUUCUAUACUUUUAUUUUAAGAAAAGCCCCAUCAUGUGCAGGCAGUCUUCACCAAGGCUUAAAAUGAGUUAUGCCUGAACUUAAUGAAUCAUAAGCAGAUUCUAUUGACAGUGUUACUGAUGGUGAUUUUUGCUUAUUGAAGGCUUAUAUUUUACUGAGUCAAUGGCUUUCUACUUUUUCAAGCUGGAAACACUAAGGUCUCUACAAAGUAGAAACAGUGUUUGGAUAAAUAAUCUAGGAUAUGACUUUACAACUAUCUGUUAAGCUGUUCCAAGUCUGUGCUGCCAAGAAGAAUUGUGCUCCUGAAAACAUGUUCCUGCUCUUUCCCUUGUGCUAGUGUUUGUAUAGUCAGUCAGAUCUGGUAAGUUUCCAGCUGCAUUGCUUUGCAGGCUUGACUUGAUUGUGUAGCCAGGAGUUCUGAUCACCGUUGGGGAUGAAGAAGAAAUACCAGGUGCUUUCACAAGUAAUGGGAUUGCUAUUUUGACAGCAGCCCAAACUCAAAUGGGCUUAUGUAACAGUUUAAAGAGGAAAAAAAGGGGGGAGGAGAGAAGAAUAUCCUUGGUCAAAUUCUCUUUUACAGUUUAUACUCCAUACUGGGAUUAAACUCUAGAAGCUGCUUUUUUUUUUUUUUUAACUGAAAAUACUAUAAAUUGUUGAAUGCUGCCAAUACUUCAGAUACAAAAGCAUGCUUAAAAUACUGUCAGAAUGCUGUGACAAUUGCCACGUUUUCCUAAGUCACUUUUAUUUUGAUUUCAUUCAUUGAAAUUGCGCUCAUUGAAGGGCAUGUGAUCUAGGCAUGGAAGGGUUGGAAAGACUAGUUAAAGGAAGAAUAGUGAGUCUCAUCCUAUCUGUUGGUUAAUAGUGAUGGUGAUUACUUGGUUUGUGUCUGAUCAGAAACUAUUUAAUAUGGUAGUCAGGUGGUCAAAAUACAUAGUUUUGGGUUUUGAUCAAAGUAACUUGAAUGGUAUAAAUGCUUAAUUUGUAAAUCUGCUUACAAUGUACUUAACACAUACAUUUCCAGAAAUUCUGUUUUUAUUACUAACCUGUGGAGGAAGGUCUGAAGAAACAGUUUGAGAAGGUUAGAAGUAAUCUGAUAGCUUGAUGCCACUAAAAGAUUAGGGCAUCCUCUGUGUUCCUCCUUCAUCAAGUGGCACUUGAUCUGACUUCUUGGUGGCUGAUUCAGUGCCCUAAGCUGUAAGAAGGCAGUUUGGCUGCUUUUUGCUGAUGGGUUCGUUUCCUGCCAGUUUGAUGCACUGAAUGAGCCCUCAGGGUCAAUGCGGAGGCAGCUGGGCUUCCUUGCUCCUGGCCUGUUAGCUUGAUUCUGGGCUUUUUCAAAAUACAUUCUUGUUUCUUUUUGGCAGAGGUUGGAAACUGUUGCAGAAAGGGGCUGUUCUGCUUACCCUCCUGAGUGGAUUCCCACCUGCCCCCAGCAGUGAUCUGAUCUGGUGAUCAUGUGCUCCAGGGGUAGAGAGGCAAAAGCUCUGUUGGAUGGAUUGCUGAAUUAAGUAGUAGAGAGGUUGAAGGAAUGUGAAAUUUUCGCAAUUAUACCUUGAAUAAAUUGUCUCCAGACUUGAUAAUGUGUAAUGUGUCUGCACCUUACUUUGGGAAAACAAGUGGAUAUAUGUUAAUGUUGAAGAAGGAAAAUGCGGAAGUCGCCAUUUGACAAGUUUUAUAAAUGAGAAUUAUUUGAAGCUCAGGAAUAAGUGAAGCUGAAAUUUGAAAAAAAAGAAAGUGAAUGCAUGCUAAUUAUCAGACCAGAAGUCCCACUUGUAGAAUAUUGAGCAAUUUGUGUGAAGUGGGGAAGAUGAAAGAAGUCAGAAUUUGAAACGGAAGAAUGAAGAAAAGGAAUAAAAAUGAAGUUAAGAUAAGAAGUAAUCUGGAAUCUGAAAGCACUACGCUAAGAAUCCCGUUCUGCUUCCAGAAGCGGAAGUGCUCAUGGGUCUGGCAAGUCGGGGAGGCACACCCCUGCAAGAUCUCGAUCUAAGGAGGAUUCCAGGCGUUCCAGGUCAAAAUCUAGAUCCAGGUCUGAAUCCAGAUCUAGAUCAAGGAGGAGUUCCCGUAGACACUACACAAGAUCGCGCUCUCGCUCCCGCUCUCACAGGAGAUCCAGAAGUAGGUCUUACAGUCGGGAUUAUCGGCGGCGGCAUAGUCACAGCCAUUCACCCAUGUCUACUCGCAGACGUCAUAUUGGAAACAGGGCAAAUCCUGACCCAAAUUGUUGUCUUGGCGUGUUUGGAUUGAGCCUGUACACCACAGAAAGAGAUCUGAGAGAAGUUUUCUCCAAGUAUGGUCCCAUUGCUGAUGUUUCCAUUGUGUAUGAUCAGCAGUCUCGGCGUUCAAGGGGAUUUGCAUUUGUGUACUUCGAAAACGUUGAAGAUGCUAAGGAAGCAAAGGAACGUGCCAAUGGAAUGGAGCUGGAUGGAAGAAGGAUCCGGGUAGACUUCUCCAUAACAAAAAGACCUCAUACACCAACCCCUGGAAUCUAUAUGGGAAGACCCACUUAUGGCAGCUCACGACGACGAGAUUACUAUGACAGAGGGUAUGACAGAGGGUAUGAUGAUCGUGACUAUUACAGCAGAUCAUACAGAGGAGGUGGCGGUGGCGGUGGAGGAUGGAGAGCUGUUCAAGACAGGGAUCAGUUUUACAGGAGGAGGUCACCAUCCCCAUAUUACAGCCGAGGGGGCUACAGAUCUCGAUCCAGAUCUCGAUCCUAUUCACCUCGUCGCUAUUAAAGCAUGACAUGUAGAGGAAUUUCUAGCUCCAGCCUUUGAGUUGAAAUUGCAAGUUUGUGGACAAUAUUUUUAUUGUCUCUUCCAUUUAAACAAGUGAACAGUGCCUAGUGAAUAGGUGACUUUUACACCUUUUGUGAGGACUACUUCUGUGGUGUUAAAUGCUGUUUCAUUCUGCAUAUUUGUGUAGCUUGGUGCUUUGUUUCAAGUUGUGUUUUGAAAGGAGUAUGUUUUGCAUGUAUUUUUUUAGGCUCCAUUUUGACUCCUGAAAGGUUUCUAUUGUAAAAACAAACUGUUCAGUUAGUUUUUUCUACUGAUUCCGAAGUAUUCUGAAGAUCAAAACCUGUGUAAAAUGCUUUCAAAAGUGAAAAAUAAAAUUAAGUUUGUUUUUUCUUUUCCUA